AUGAAGUCAAAAUUAGAGUUCAUUUUACCGAAAGUUAAAAUAAUUAGCAACGCAGACAAGAAAAAAAUUUUUAAUGCAGUCGAUAAAAGAACGAAAGACUGUAUAAAACCUAUACAUUUAGCGGCUUAUCUUUUGGACCCCAAAACUCAAGGGUUAAUCUUGAAUGACGACGAAGACCUGGAAGCAAUGGAAUUUAUAGAAACAAUGGCCCAAACCCAGAAUAUAAAUGUUAUGACAGAUUUAGCCAAUUACAAGGCCAGAGAUGGAUUUUGGAGAAAGCAAUUUCUUUGGGAAAAAGUCGAAAAUAUAACUCCUAUUACAUGGUGGAAGGGACUUUGUUCAUCUAAAAACUUAAGUAAAAUAGCAGUACGUAUUUUAACUGCACCAUGUACAUCUGCGGCCACAGAGCGAUCCUUUAGCAAGCAUGGUCAUAUUAAUUCUAAAAAAAGAAAUCGCUUAACUACCGAAAGAGCAGCUAAACUUACUUUCGCUUCUUAUAACUGGGAUCUGCUUCACAAAUACAAUGAAACCGUGCGAUCUGAAGCCAGUGACUCUCCUGGUCCAUGGACUCCAGAUUAUGAUCAAAACACUGAACAAACAGGUAGUGAAGACGAAAGCUUGGACGAAAGUCACUAUAACUCCACUAGAGUAGAUAAUGCCUUAAUAAUAAGAUCACCAGAAUAUAAUAUAGAAUUUUUUGACUGUGGUAGUAGUAAUAGUAGCAGUAAUGAAGACUGA